AUGUCUUUAAGCUAUGAAGAGUUUAAAGAUGCUACUCGGGUGUUCGCUCGAAGUGAAGCUACCGAUUCUAGUGGGUGUGUGAUUUGUACUGAUCCAGAUACUACGUGUCCUAAAUGUAAGGAUGAUGAGGAGUGUGUUCAGCUAUCACAAACUUGUGAUGCAUGUCCAAGAUCAGUUUGUCAGAAGAAAGAUGGGGAGAGUUCAAGCAAGUCUACUCCGGUUGGAGGAAUCGUUGGAGGGGUGAUUGGUGGUUUGGCUGUAUUGGGGUUGAUUGGUGGGUUUUUAUACUACCGAUAUGUCUAUAGAAAGAAACACCCAGUGUCUUUGGAUGAUGAAGAUAUGGCGAUGAGUGAAUAUGACUAUGACUAUGACUACGAUUAUGAUGAUACUUCUAGUGGUAAGCAGAUGCACCAUUACGAACAAAAGCUUGACGAACAUAUGUCUCCUAAUCAAAAUGGGACUGAUACUACUUCCACAGCAGGUGGAGGAAGCGCAGGAGGAGUUGGUGGUGCUGCCGGGGCAGUAGGUGGUGUUGGUGGUGUUGCAGGCAGUGGUGUUGCUAAUGGUAAUAAUGAAUCAGGAGAUUUGGAAAAACAGAUACCCGCUCAACAAGUAAAUCAACAGACAUUCAAUCAACAACAGCGUCGUCCACCAGCGUCUAGAUCUGCACAAGCAGCUGCUCGUCGUAAUAGAUCCAAUCGUAGAUUGUCAAGUUAUGAAUCAUUUACUCGUCCAAAAGUUAAAUACGAAACCAGAGACCGCCGUUAUAAUAAUUCGGUCAGAGGUCACCGAGGAGGUAGAAGAGGCGGUAGAGGAGGUGGAGCAAGAGGAAUGAGUACCAAUCAACCAAAUGUGAGUAAUGUUUAUUUGGAUCCACAAUCCAAUAACAGAAAUUCGGUUGCAACCUCAAUUUCCACAACCAAUGCAUCAAACAUUCUACCAAUUGCUUAUAUUCCAGGGGUCACCGUGCGUCCAACCAGAAAUAACACCAGAUCAGUCUAUUCAUAUGAAACCGAAUCGAUAUUUAGUGAUUUGAAUACAAUUGAAAACGCCUCGAUCAUCGGUGAUGUGAUGAGGGCCAAUAAUCAUAAUCCUAACGACCAAAAUAAUAAUAAUAAUUCCAAUGCAGAGGAACAAAAUAAACCCAAGGACUCGACCAUGACUGCCAUAAAGGCCCAACCAAGAUUGGUCAACGUUGAUCGUAUUGAAGAAGAAGAAGAAGAAGAAGAAGAGGAAGAGGAAGAUGAAGAUACCGAUAAUGACGAAGAAAGUUAUACUAAAUCUAGUAACGAUUUAGAGUCUCGCAAUACAAAUAAUGAUACAUUGAUCAAUACCAGUCACGAGGGCUCCCGUAUUGAUUUGAAACUAAACAUCCAGAACGUCGAUGGGGAUCAAACAUUACCUGAAGAGGAUGAAAGUGACGAUAGUGAUGUGGACUCUGACAUUGGUGAGAUUACUCGUGCCACCAGUGUACGCAGAAACAAUACCAUCACUACCAACAACUCCAAUACCAAGAAUAACGUGUCUGACCGGAGAUUGGUUAUCAACAACGACGACGAUGCGUUUGUCAAGCCCCUGAUACCCAGAAAUGACGACGACAACAGUUUACAAGGAUCAAAUAACGGAUCAUUCAUCUUGGACGUUGAAAUCGACAAUAAAGAUGAAAAAAAAAGACCCCAGAGUGAUGACAGCGGUGAAAAGAGCCCGUUUGACGAUCCUGAAUAA